AUGGCUCCUAUCAACUUCUUUCCUUUUCUCUACUUUGCCUUGUGGCAUCACAGCUGCCCUCACUCUCACUCUCAAGUUCAUGGUAACUGCAUUAAGACUGAAAGGAUAGCCCUUCUCAGCAUCAAAGCAGGCAUGUGGAGUAACAACAAAAGCUUUCUCUCAUCUUGGACUGGUCAUGACUGCUGCAACUGGAGGGGAGUGUCCUGCAACAAUGAAACCGGCCAUGUCACCAAGCUUGAUCUGCAAUACCCUUAUUAUGAUCCCAUUCAUCCCAUACCACCACCAAGUAAGUUGAACUCUUCUCUCAUUCAGCUUCACCAUUUAAACUACUUAGAUUUGAGCAAUAACGACUUCCAAGGUUUCCCCAUCCCAGACUUCAUUGGCUCUCUUGCCAACCUUGACUACCUUAACCUCUCUAAUGCUGAAUUCAGUGGAAUCCUUCCCCAUACCUUUGGAAACUUAUCAUGCUUUGGAGUGGACCUCUCUAACGUGCAUGGUUGGCUUCAUGACAUUAAUAUGCUCCCUUCUCUUCUUGUCUUGAAACUCUCUAAUGCUGGCCUCCGAGUUGGUGGUAUUCAUGGUACUACUCUGCUUCAUCAUCUCAACUUCACAUCUCUUCGUGUGCUUGAUCUUUCUAUGAAUUAUGACCUGAACAUCACUUUGCCUCAAUGGUUGUUCCAUCUCACAAGCCUUGUUCAUCUUGAUCUUUCUAUCUGUGCUCUGUAUGGCAAGUUACCGGUCACCAUUGGUAACUUGCGUAGCUUGAGAUUCUUGAGCUUGACUCAAAACUCUUUUGAUGGAGUGAUUCCAGAGUCCAUGGGAAAUCUUGGUAGCUUGGAGAAACUUGAUUUGUCAGUAAAUAAAUUCAAUGGAAGCAUUCCUGAAUCUCUGAGCAAUCUUACAAAUUUAGAGUACUUUGAUUUGUCCAGUAACCAAGUUCAGGGAUUGAUGCCCGCAAGCAUUGGGGAUCUAGAAACCUGCAAUACUGAUUUGUCAAGGAAUAUGAUCAGUGGAGCGCUUUCCCGAUUCCUUGGCAAUCUCACACUUUUGCAGUACUUCAGUGCAUCUGGAGGCAACAAUCUCAGUGGUAAUUUACCAGAAACUAUAGGAAAUCUUGUUCACCUUCAGUUCCUAGAUUUAUCCAAAAAAUAUGAUGCAUGGAAAGUUGCCGGAGAGUUUUGGUAA